AUGCUUACAGGAUGCCUCGAGUAUCAAAGAACUGUCCACGUUUCUUUACGCGGAAACGACAGCAAACGUUGUGGCUCCAUUAAAAAGCCCUGUCGCACGAUAACAAAGGCUGUUACCCGCGUGUCCUGGGACGGGAUGGUUAUCCUGGACGGCAGUGGUACAGCAAAGCAACCAUAUGACUGCGAACAGUUAACCACGCGAGCCCAUCAUCCGGGAAUCUGGGUAACAAAAAGCGUCACAAUGACCAGCUUACCAUCAACAGAAGCCCACGUGACCUGUGCAGAAGGGUUUCAUUUUCAUGGAUCAAACGAGUCUUUGCGUAUAUCGUUAAGCGGCUUAUCGUUCUCAAAAACGACUUUAAAAUUUAUAGACUGUGGCGACGUGGAGAUCAUCAACUGUACUCUUCGAACAAGGCAUAGCGAUAAAACCGCCAUGGAAUCAGCUGUUGUUAUUCGUGUGCAAAACAUUUCGAAAGUAAAUGUAACUAUUCGAGACUCUGUCUUUCAAAACAACUCCCUGUGCGUUAGAAUCUACUUUGAACAACAAUCUCUCAAGAAAGACAGACUGUUUUCAUUAAAUAUGACCAAAACAAAGUUUUUGGAAAAUGGCUUCCACACACAGUCCCCUGAAAGGGGUGCUAUAGUGUUUUCAACGAAUGAAACACUGAAGAAAUUCUCUCAAACCAUUUAUCUGCAAAUAACGAUGAAUGAGGUUCAUUGCCUUGGGGGCGGAGGUCAUUUCUUGGAUGUUGAUUUGCCCACUGCUGUUACAAAAGAAACGUACUAUAACAUUAACCUUAAGCGCAAUCAUUUUAUGACUUCCCGUAGCCUUUACUAUUCCAAUGUGAGUAUGGCCACAGUCGCUUUUGUUGAUUUGCAAUGUGUAAAUAACUCUGAAGUAAGAUGUAUCACAGUUCAGAGCUUUACAAACGCAAACAGAACAAUCGACUUAAAAGUUAAUGGGUCCCGCUUCUACGACAAUAAAAUGAAUAAAAUGAAUCGAACAGUAAAGGCCGCUACAUUGCAAGUGACGGGAACUACAUCUCAGUCUGGAACAAUUAACAUCUUCAACACAUCGUUUGUUCAAAGCUCCGAAGUUGCAGUUAGCUUAACACCGAAUUUCAAUGUUUGUCUCGAAGGUGUAACUGUGAGGUCCUCCUUAUAUGGUGUCCGGAUGGUUGCGUAUGACGCGCUUGUUAUGAACGACAGCAAUUUUUAUUUAUUUACAAGCAUUCACAACUGCACAUUUCGAAAUAACUUGAUGGACGUGUACGGUUUGCUAAACAAUACCGUCCGCGUUGAUGUCCAAGUAACCAACACGGUUUUUGACGGUAAAGAAGUACAAGAAUACAACCGGCAGAACGCUACAUUUGGUAUUCGCAUCAUCAUCCCCCUUCUAGACAAACAGAUACCUUCGAAAGUAAACGUUGAAAUAGAAAAUGCAACCUUUGCAGGUCGACCAACUAAUGCCUUUGUGUUUGUUGCCAAGGGAAACAAGACGAUCACUCUGCGAGGCUGCAAGUUCCGUGACAGUUUCAGUCUAGAAACGAACGAGUGGAUAGUGCAAAAAUACGAAAACUUGCCAGCGUAUAUGACUGGCCAGGGAGCGUUUCUUUUUCUUUUCGACUCCGAUAAGCUGGUAGACAGAGGAUGUGUUAAUGGAGGGGAGAGAAACGACACCCAUCCCCAGUGGAUUUACAACAGUAGUGUCCUUGUUGAAAACACGCUAUUUCAAAACAACUUUGGGUAUGAGGCGGGUGCGAUUCAAAUUAUUAACGGUUAUGUUCAAUUUCGAAGAUGCAAUUUCACCAAUAAUUUUGCCUUGAGCGACACAGGUCAUGUAUAUGUUGGAUACGGCAGUGCGAAGGUUGAGUUCCAGAACUGUGCUUUCAAGCGCGAAGAGGGAAAAGAGGGAACUUUCAAAGGCAUUUCUUUUAAAGUUGGCAGAUUUCUGCAUUCGGAAAGCGGAGGACCAAUCAAGAUAAAGAGCACCUCUUUUGAAACAAAAUUCUCUGAAAGUCGGCGGGCUCGUCAACAACCUGUUCUCAGGAUAUCUUACGGUGGCUAUUUCGAUAUCGACUCGAACUCUACUAUUCAAUGUCCAAUGGGAAGCUCGCUUCGAUUUUACAAUUUUACUCACUUCAGCUAUGACGGUGAGCAGGACAGUUCAUUUUGCCGUAUUAAUGUUACAACUGAGAUAUUUGCAUGCCUAAUGUGCCGUUCAAAAAUGUACAGUCUUCAAAGUGGAUUUUCCAGGGGACUGUCGGUUCGCAAAGGCUUCAGUUGUCUUGAGUGCCCAUUUGGAGCCCACUGCAAAGGACCCAAUAACAUUGUCGCUAAACGAGAUUUUUGGGGUUACAAAAUUAAAAACUCGAGCAAUUUCUCGUCCCUGACAUUUGUGCCUUGUCCCGAGAAGUAUUGCAGCGGUGAAAGUCACCACCACCAGGACUUCAACCGUUGCUAUGGUUACCGGCAAGGUGUUCUUUGUGGAAGAUGUGCUCCUGGUUUUACUGAAUCACUCUUUUCAACCAAAUGUCGAAAAGCUGACGAAUGUAGAUGCAAUUUUCAAUUGUGGCUUUUCAUGGCAAUCUAUACCAUCGUUUUGACUUUCUAUUUGUUGAAGAAACCUCCUCUUGUUCGUUUUCUGAAAGAUCAAAUUUUCCGGUUUAAAAAGGAUCGUCGUCAACAGAAUUUGCAAAGAGACUUGGUUCUUGAAAAAGAAGAAAGCGAGAAUGGCUAUAUCAGAAUUACGUUUUAUUUCUACCAAGUAUUCGACUUGCUAAGCACCACAUCUGUGGAAACAAUGAUGGAAAAAGUUCCGUACAUUUCCACGAUGGUCGCUGCUUUUAACUUUGAAGUCCAUAUCCUGGACAAGAAAAUUGGCUGCCCCUUUGCGGGACUGACAGCGGUCACUAAGGAAAUGUUCCUCUCUGCGCUGGUAUUUGUUGCCAUAGGUCACGUCUUCAUGAUCUACUGUCUUAAUUUGGUGGUUUACCGAAUAUUGAAGAAACACAAGCCUUUGUUCGUUCAUUACGUGGCUGUUGCCAUGGAAAUCCUGUUGCUUGGUUACGAGCGUCUUGCUGAAACCUCGCUCAAGUUAAUGCACUGCGUACCUAUUGGGUCUGAACUGCGUCUUUACUACGAUGGUAACGUUGUUUGCUGGCAAUGGUGGCAGCACUGUCUUCUAGCUUUUAAUGUUAUUUUUGUCGUUCCAUUCGUCGGGGUUCUGUACCUGGGUUCUGGAAAGCUGUAUAACAAGACCAUAUCAUGGAAACAGUUUAUUGGUGCGUGUAUUGUUCCCCUACCGUUUCUCGUUUACUGGCUUGUUAAACGUUCAUACACCAAACAGAGGGGGAAACCAGUCUCUCAUAAUAGAUACACCCGCCUUUCAUCGCUUAUUGACGAUGGAAAUGGAUCACAUAAUAGCGAAGAAUGCACCAACGAAAUAUCCAACAUUUUGCUUGGCCCUUUCCGUCCAACUACUGCGCAUGAUCAAGGGACGCUCUACUGGGAAAGCGUUCUGAUUGGUCGAAGGCUUGUGCUUCUUAUAUUUCGCGCCUUUAUUCCCAAUUUCAUGGUUUGUUCCUGUUGCAUGUCAUUUGCCUGUAUUUUGAUGGCAGUUCAUCAUUCAAUCAAGAAGCCAUUCAGGGACCGCACAGCAGAUAGAAUGGAAACUUUUUCUCUGAUAACUUUGUCUUGUAUCGCGACCAUAAACGUGACAACAGCGACUCUCGCGUCCUCUGCAGUCCGCCCCGAAGGUCCAAACAAAAGCAUCAUUGACGUCCUACAGUGGAUCCAAGUGGCUCUUCUCAGUUUUCCUUUUGCGCUGUUUGCGUUGUUGAUCCUAUUUGCAUUGCUGUCGCAACUUGUUCGUUUUGCCAUCUUGCUGAAGCGAAAAAUCUGGAAAGGCAGAACACCGAACAUUUAGACGUCUAGAAUUCUCCACCUCAUGUGUGAGUUGAGAACGGCUCACGUAAUCAUAAAGGCAAGAAUAACUUUAAUUAAAUAAAUCAGAGAUAAUUCAGCUAAAGGAGCGAAAUUUCGUGAAAGUUCAGUGCUAAAAUGUAAAUAUAAAAUUUGGUAUGAAUUUCGUCAUUUGUAGAGGUGUUAGAUAACAAACGCAAGUUAGGACAUGAAGGGUCAAAGUGAUAAAAUUUUUAAGGCCAAUUUGGUCAAUUUGGCGAGGAGGUGAAUUGUAGAAAAGUUUUCCAAAGUGUGGGGUUUUGCCAUCUAGGUACGUCCAAGGGCAGUCGAAUUCUGAGACAGAAUGUCUAAGGUCGUUUGCUGAAAAUUCUGUAAACUUUGGAACGAUGUCAGUCACGAGUAAAAACCCCUUAUGUUUAGCCUCUGGCUAGAUUUUUUUUGGAUGGGAUUUUGAGAAAUGGCGAAUUUGACGUUAAAUUGUCGGGGUGUGGGAGCGGGGGUCGUAAGGAAGAUAGAAGGAGCUUAUUCUCUCUUGUCGUUAGUUAAUUCAACAGGAAAGUCGCAAGACACAAGUUUAAACUUGUUUGGCUUUGCUACUGCUGCGGCCACGAAGGAGUUCAACCAGUGUUUGUGCGACCCUUACUUUGUCUUGAGUAGUCAUUCGAGGCUUAUUCCUAUCUAGUAAAAUAAUUUUAGAAAAAUUUCCCCCAUGCAUUCUGACUGUUGAAUAUGUUUGAUGGCUUCGAAGUUUAAAUGCUCCUUGCUGACAAUUUUCUCAACAAUAGGCAGAAUAGCAUCGCAAAAUAUGAAAGGAGAAUGAAACAAAACUUUUGACCAGGAGAUAAAAAAAAAACUUACCAGCCAAAUCAGGUUGAUAUCUACAAUGGAAUGUUAGUGAGGUCGCCUUCUAGACCUCUUAGUGAAUUAGCCCGCUAUAUGUUCACCCCCUACUCUUCGAGUUAGCUCCUUUUUUCCUGUUAGUAAAAAAGCUAAAGCCCUAUAAUAUUUUUGUAUUCGUGAAUAACCAAAAAUUUAACCCAGGUUAAGGUUAGCAAUUAAUAAAAAAUAUCGAAUUGUAUCAGAUAACAUGGAUAAGAUGUUAAACUAGUGCCUAGAUUUAAGGUUUAGUACACAAAUAAACAGGGUGAAGAAAGGGUUUUGAAGCUGCUUGAUAAACCUGGUCAGUUUUCAUGUGUUACUGAUUCCAGUCGCCCUUGCUUCGCCUUGCGAAAUUGUGUUAGCCCGUGAACAGGCCUUUGGUCGAGCGGGGAACUAGGGAGAGGGAAUCCUUGCUAUUUUUUUUCCCCAAACAGAGAGCCUGUUCACAGGCUAAAUAAGUGUCACCUUUCAGUUUGGUACCCUGAGAACCACAGACGUAUUCUGGUCGUCGCUUCUCUCCCUCCGGCGGGUGAAAUUAGAGCCGAAACAACCGGAUGCUCUCUCAGGCUAAUGGUUUGGGAGAAAAUACCGAUUAUCCCUGAGUAAAGAAAAAUCUAUCUAUCAGAACGUUUACGAAUCUCAGCCCAUGCGAGUUCCCUAUCUAAUAAAAACCACUAGGCUAACAUCUGUUGUUUUUAACUUAAUAAAAUCAUUUUAUUUUUAAUAAAAGAAAACACCCUUCUACCCUCUUCCCUCAGCGAGCGAACAACGCAGCAGACCUCAGGGACAUGAAUAUUUUCGAUAUCUACUCAUAAUACAUCUGGUUUUUUUAACCACAAUGCAUGCAGCAGUGUUUUACUAUUGAUUCCUCUCUCGCUCAUUACCUUUUUCACCCUUUGCACAUCUCCCAUAAUUCACCUUGUUUGCGCCUCCCCCCCUCCCCACCCCCGCCCAAAUUUUGCAUAACCUUUGCUUUUCAUUUUUCCUUGGUGUUACAGUCGUUCCAAGACGAAUGUAAAGACAAUUUUUAUUCAUCACUUUUGGGGGAAAACAAGGUGCAUUAUGGGAGGCGUGCAAAUGGAGAAUAAGCAUUUCCUGAGAAACUAUUCAGUCUUGAGAACUAGCCAAUGAGAUUAGUGUAUGUAAGGGCUGUGUGAAAUCACCGCGUUCACUUCGCAACGCGUAGUUUUUGAGAUGAGCGCAAGCCAAACUGCCCAGAACCAAGAGCCAUAAUGGGAUGGCUCUUGCCAGAACCUAAAGCUUGAUGAAAUGUUUUCCACCAAAAUCGCAAUGCAUUACUCAGGACGAGUGGAAAAGGUGAUGGAGUUUAAUGGCGGAUCAGCGCGAUGGUUUGUGAUGCGAGAGCAAUUGUGAGUUGAGGUUGCGCUCAGUAACCAACCUUGGUUAGCUUCGGUUCACAUUUUUAAGGAAAAUAACACCAAACAAACAUCGAACUGCAAUACCAUAGAGCCAUGAUGGCCAUGAAUUAAUCCCAGGUUGCACAGAAAACGCAAACAGCGAGCUGCAAAACCAUAGAGCAUGGCCGUGAAUUGAGCCCAGGUUGCAAAGAAAACGCAGCAAAAAAACCAGGUUUAGGUAAGUGAAAUGCGUUUCUACAUUCAACUAUUCAACUAUAUUGAAUUUCUCACGUAGUCUAGAGAAUGGGCACAUGCGGUUUAUGCACGGAGCUUGGGUGACCUGUGACCCAACGAGACAGAAUAUUGGGGGACUGGGUACCAAUUUAAAGAUGGCCGCCUCCGUGGCGGUCUUUUCCAAACUUCUGUGAAAACGACUUUUUUUCACCCACAACACACUAAAUCCAUAGAGUUAAACGAUGAAUGUAAGUAAACGAGAAAAAGAAAUCUCAUUUCAGCGUCCACACUAUGCAGUGGAUUUGGUGGAAAAAGCGUUGGAUUCUGAAAGUGCGAGUGUUGUUUGUAUGGCUAGAAGCGAGUCCAAGCUUUUCAUUGCAUUUAAGAUCUUCCAGCAGUUUCGGCGACGAGCUCUGAAACCUGGGUCAAGGCUGUGCUCUAACGGCGCCCGGUCGCCUGAGGCGACUAACAUUUAGCUUCGGGCGACUGAAAAAAAGUUCCCGGUCGCCCGGCCGGGCACUCUUGCUUCUGGUGCAGUGUUCAGUUAAGCGGGCAGAAAAAUUUAACAUACUAGUGUUGGCUUGUUGAGUCAGAGUUUAGCUAAACCCUACAGAAAAUGUUUUUACGAAUGUUGUACGAAGGAAACCGGCACGCGUCGAUGUUCAAAGGUCGUUCUGCAUGAUUUCACAUGUAACAUAAUCCAUCACUUUGAACGUGACAAGCGGCACGGAUUUCGAUUUGUACCGCUUCUCAACAUAGUUUUAAAAUUUUUUCUUUCAGAUAGAAUGGUUCAUUAGGUACAGUUUUUAGGAGAAACUGUCAAUACUUUUCUAACAGACGUAGAGCGCGGCUGGCGACGCGGAGUAAUUUAUUUUUGUAUAAAACGGAAGUUGCUGUAUUGACCAGUAUGCAAAUGUAAUGUUUUUACGGUUCUGCUUGGCUAAAACAUAACUUUACGCUUGUUUUCUUGCCUUUACAUAAGAUAACGAAAUAUAAAAAGAAAAGAUAUGAUCGUUCUGAUCGUUUUUAUUGUUGUUUUUUAUUGUUGUUUUUAUUGUGGGUUGAUGGUUCUUUUGGUUAACGACGAGAGUGGUAAGCUUAAGAUUACAAGGAGAGUUUAUGUAAAACUGCAGUGCUAAAAUCAGUUGCUAUAUCUUACUUGUAGGAGUCGAGUCAGUCGAGUUAGAGAUUAUAAUUAUUUAGAGUGGCAAUAGCUCUCAGACCUGCCAACCCUGAUAAAGGAAAAUCUGGAAAUCCCUCCCCCUCCCCCCCCAAAAAUCUGGAGAUUCUACAAAAAGUGGUGAGAUUCUAUUUUUUUUUUCCUGAUCAAGAUUAAACACGGCCCUCUUUCUGUUAGGAGCAUUCACUGUUUAUAUAUCUGAAUAUUAUCUUGUGAUCUUUCUUGUAACAAGAUGCCAUUUUUUAUGAUUCUUAAGGGGCCAGGGAAGAGGUCAUCACUAGGAUGAAACUCAUAGUAACUGGGUAGUUUCUUCCAGAUAAGCCAACUUCAUGGCUAAAAAUGUUAGACAAAAUGCCUUGUAGGCUUGAAUGGGCACUGGCAUUCUCCAUUAAAUUUCCAUUUUUAUCCAGCAAGGUACCAUUUCAUUUUAGAAUGAUUUCCUAAAAACAAAAAAACAUGAGAAUGGGAGUCUUGUCACGAGGGCCAAGAGAAAAGUUAAAAAAUAGUGAGACUGACAUGGCCCCAAAUCCCCCUAGAAACUUGAGCCUUUGGGAUGUGCAAGUUUUGCCUUUGGUGUGAGUUUUUUUUAUCUCUGCCUUCUCCUUAGCUUUUUCCACCUACUUAAAACCUUAUUGACAACCCUGUACUUUACAUUAAAUGUAAAGUGAUUUGAUUUCUAUCCGACAGUGAAACCUGUAUUAAACGGACACCGUAGUAAGCGGACACCCUCUGUUAACCCUUUAAGUCCCAAUAGUGUCCAACAGCAAUUUUCUCCUAACGAUAUUCAUACAUUAUCAUGAGAUUAGGUUUGUGAGAAUUAAUAAAAUGAUCACCUAAGAGAAAAUGCUUGGAUCUUUUAUCAAAUUCUCUCAACUCAUUCUUUAAGGAAAUGUAUGGAGAUCAGUUUGGAGAAUUUGUAUGUGGAUAUUGGGGCUUAAAGGGUUAAGCGGACAGUAGCCGAAGUCCCCAAAUUUAUUUCCUUUAUUUAAUUUACAUAAAACCGUUAUCAAGUGGACACCUCUAUUAAGCGGAAACAGACGCGGACACCUUAAAAGCACCUGGAAUAGUCAUUUCUAUUGUUGAUUACCUGUAUUAAACGGACACUUGUAAUUAAAUUCCACCACCCAACAUGCCAGAUGUCGGAAAUGCAAAAGACUGCCACCCAUAAAUUUUUUGAUUUUUACAUUUAAAAACAUGACUUGAUGAACUUAUUUGAUUAGUUUCACAGUACAGUAUUGUUUUCUAUGUCAUUUUGCUUCUAAUCAGCUUGUUUCACUCAUCUGAUUUCUUCAAAUUUGAGUUGUAAUUAUGUUUUUGGUACUAUGAUCAAUUGGUCCACUUUAAUAAGGAAAUUAAUGCAAAUGUACUGUAUAGCGUCAUAGUCUCUGGGAAUAUUCUAAACAUUUCCACUGUUCAUUUGAAUGGCACUCGACACCUCAUAUGACAUUAUCUAUCGAAACCUGUAUUAGGCGGACUCUCUGUAUUAAGUGGACACUACAACAUUCCCCGAGGUUUUCCGCUUAAUACAGGUUUCACUGUAUUAUAAUCUGUUGAUGUUUUCACUGAAAGACGUGAUGAAUCAAUCAAUCAACAGAACUUAUUCACAAUUGUUUCUUGACUAAUCAGAAGGAAACUCCAGCUUCUGGCUUUUUUACUUGUGGGUAGAAAAUGUACCAUAUACCCUCUUUCCCACUAGAGACAUACAGUCUGUGUAGAGAUGUAGGGAGGGCAUUAUCACAGGAUGGAUACAAUUCCUGACACUGGGCUGUGGGAAAAUUAAUGAUGAACAGUCAAGAAAGAAAAAACAACUUGAAUACAUCUAUAUUUAUUUCCAGACCUGCUUAACUCACAAAAUAAUAUGUAUCCAUCAACUUUAUUUUUCCAUUUCAUUAAUGAUAAGCUAAUGACAAGUUGUGCUGCAUGCGUGUGAUGUAACAAGGGUUGAAGUUACCCAUCAAUAAUAAUAUUGGGCCACUUAAUCGUUUUUUCCUUUGUGUCUUCAGCUCAGUUGGUGAAGCCAUUCCUGAAUGCUAUGGCAAACCAAAGUAUGUUGUCUGUGAAAACUUAUUUUGAUGAAGAUGAGGUUACUGGAAACAAUCAAUGGUUGCCUCAUAAAAGUGAUAUUUUGGUUGCAACAGCCUCCAGUUUUCUACAGUUUAUAAAAGUUGGAGUGUUAAAUUUAACAUCUAUCAGCUUGAUUAUUCUGGACCAGUGCCAUCAUGCUACUUCUCCAGGUCAUCCGUUCGCACUUAUUUUAAAUCAUGUAGAUAAUUGUGAACUGGAUUUUAGGCCAAAAAUUGUUGGGCUGUCUUCAGAGAUUUCACGUCAACUAUCAUGUCUGCAAGGUACUGAACGGUUUCUUAGCUCAGUGGAGGAAACAUUUAAUUGCAAGGCAUCUGUUUCUUAUGAUUUGCCGGGCUUGAACAGAUAUGGAGAACGUAGUGAUGAAGAGUUAGUGUACUACACUCAUGCUUCUGAGGACAAUCAACGUACUUGUAAGCUCAAGGAAAUUCUUCAAAAUGCUGUCAUAUUUCUGAAAGACACCAAAGAGCAAGAUGCAACUCGAGAAUGUGUCAAGUUUGCCAAACAUGUUUUAAGCGAGUGCCAUAAGGUUCUCUUGUUGUUUGGGCCAGAGCACACUGCUUAUAUUGCCAAAAUUACGAUAAAAGAGAUCAUGAAGUUUGAAAAAAAAUGUUGUGAAAACUAUGACCUGCUCAUUCUCCAAUAUUGCAGGACACAGCUAAGUUUAGUUGUCAACUUGCUGGAGGAUAGUAGUUUUGAAAGAUGUGAAUUGACUGAUUUGACAGAGAAACUGCUGUUUCACAUGUCAAUGCAUUUAAAGCCUGGUUACACUGCAGAUUGUUCUUUUCAAGGGUCCAUUUGCCAAGAAGGUCUAUGUGCAGAUUCAGGCCCCUUAUCGGAUGAUCAAACUCAUAUGGCUGCAGAUGAUCUAACAGGAUUUCCUGAGCAACAACCUGUUGACUUGUCGGCUUCAACACAACUUCCCGACAACUGGACAGUAGCCUCUCAACCGCAAAAUGUGCCAACAACGUAUGGAUCAAAGACUCAAUGUGAUGAUCCCUUGUGUGUCAUUCUUGUCCCUAGUACCAUCGUUGCAAAGGCUCUGAAUUCUCUCAUUAAUAAGCUAUCAGAUAAAUUUCCUGAGUACAAUUUUCUGAAGAGAGCGUGUGUCUGUAGUAAGAAAGCAAAACAAGAUGUUCUUGAGCAAGGCCUGGUUGAUGAAGUGGAGGGUAAGGUAACCGUUAUGGAUUGCAUGCAAGAUGGUUCCGUAAAUGUCCUUGUCGCAACUUUUGAGAUUGAAAAGGACCUGUAUGCACGCAGAUGUAGCUUGCGGAUACGUCAAGGGAUGCCUAAGGACCACAAACAUUAUUUCAAUGUGAAGAGGAGCCUGAAAUCUACAGGGGCCAAAUUCAUUGUUCUUGUUAGACAGACAGAAAAGGCAAAGGCUGAGGAGAAGUUUAAGGUAUAGCCAGUAAGAUUUAGUGAAUUUAGUUUAUGGUUUGAUUUUAAAUAAGCCCAAGGUGAAACCUUGAAGUAAAUCCCAUAUUUGAUUGUGGAAAAAGAAUGAAAGCACUGAAAACAAUCAAGAGGGUUGAUUUCUGAGGUCUCUUUGACUAUUACAAUGCAGUAAGUUACAAUGCAGUACAAUGUUACAAUGCAGUAAGUUUUCCAGUGAAAAUCGCUGCCUUCUUGGUUAGUAUCGGCUGGCUACUCUGCUUGGCAUUUCUUUAUGGAUGGAGUGUUUUUAAAUAAAAUAUCCCUGGACUGGCCGCUUACUUUGACAACUCAGCCAUCUACUUCAAAACUUUUUGACAACCCUGAGUAACAGGUGUACUGUUGCAAUCCUGACUUCUUUCAUAAGCAUUGUUACACCAAAAAUCAGAAGAUACAUGUAAUAUCAUUGUGAUUGAUCAUGGGACCAAGAUGUUCCUCUAUCUGCUAUUUUCAAUUCACUGCAAUUGCAGUGCAAUUCACUUUUCAAGGCCCCCAAAUUAAAAUUUUUCUCUGGGGAGGCUCCCAGAUCCCUUCAGUGGAGGAGGGGGAUGAUCCCCCUUUGCACCCCCACACUUGACAUUGAGCACUCUAUCAUCUAAUAUAUUGCUGUCUAAUUAAAUUUACUUCCUUCUUCUUUAAAUUUCCUGUAGAGCAGUGGGAUAGUCCCCACCCUUGAAAGAAACCUGGACUCAGUUUAAUAACACUUUUACUAGAGUUUGAAAAAAAUACCUACACCUUUUCAUGUAAAUUAAAGUACAUGUACAUGUAACACUUGUCAAAAUUUUGUUGAAUUGACCCCUUGUUGAUUGUCAAGCAGUGUGAAUGUGCAGUAAUCUCAUUUGAUGUUUGGCUGAAUCUGUGAGCAGGCAAGAUGAAGCCAAUCCUACAUGUACAUUAUGAUUGGCUACCCAAGUGGGAAAGGUGGGCCCAUCUUGCCCACUUGGGAUUUCCCUUGCUGGUAGCGCAAGAAAAAGUAUUUUUUUGGUCAAUAAACAAUUGACCAAGCUUGUCUGGUCAAGAUGGCUGGAUAUUGGCCUCUUUCUUUUUUGCAUCUUUAUUGACCUUAAUCUUGUCUCAGGUAAUAAAAAUGCAAAAAAGAACUUGGUCAAUAUCCAGCCACCUUUAUAUUUACCUCAUGCUUGGUCAAUAACACAAAAUUUUUUUGAAUCAAGCAGAUUUUGCAAGGGAUAGAAAAUGUUUUAGCUGAGUCCUAA